UUGCUAAAGACGACAAAACAUGUGUUUAGCUUGGACUGGUUAAAUUGAUGAAAUGAUUUUACUUUAGUCAUUAAUUUGCAUGUAGUCUUGAGACAACGAUGUGGUCCUUCUUUCGUGGUCAACUUUUAUCACCGUCCCUACGCCACAUCGCCACGCGAAGAUACGAAUCCACCAGCACGAUAACCAAGGAUGCAGCAACUCAACUAAAAUCGGCGUACGAUGUGGUCAUCAUUGGAGGAGGUCACAAUGGGCUUAUCAGUGCCGCUUACUUAAAAAAGGCUGGUCUCUCUGUGGCCGUCCUUGAACGGAGGGAUGUUCUCGGUGGGGCGGCAGUUACAGAGGAAAUCGUGCCCGGGUUCAAGUUUUCUAGAGCUUCGUACCUUCUCAGCCUGCUCAGACCGUUCAUCAUCGAGGACCUAAAGCUUAAGGAAUUUGGUUUGCGUUUUCAUCUCCGGAAACCAUUCAGUUCUUACACCCCGAUUCGUGCCAGUGAAUGGGGCUCAUUUCCGGCUAGGUCCCUUCUCCUGGGGGGUCAAACCAUUAAGGAAAGUCAGGCUCAGAUUGAAAAGUUUUCUAAAAAAGAUGCCACCGCAUACGGAGCGUAUGAAGAGGUCAUGGCUAGAUUUGUCAACGCUGUUGUACAUCUGCUGGACCAGGAGCCACCUCAUUUCGGUUCUGAGGGAGGAAUAUGGAACAAAAUGAAGAGCCUGAAGCCAUUACUUCAAGCGGGACGUUGCAUCGAUUUAGGUGACCUUCCUCGUCUCCAUCAACUCUUAACCGCACCAGCGUCUCGCGUUUUAGACUCGUGGUUUGAAUCUGAACCUUUAAAAGCGACUCUGGCGACUGACGCCUUAAUUGGAACAAUGUCCGGGCCAAACACGCCAGGAACGGGAUAUGUCUUGCUCCAUCACAUCAUGGGGGGCGUAGAUGGGGAACCUGGAGCGUGGGCCUACCCUGAAGGAGGCAUGGGAGCGGUUAGUCAAGCUAUAGCGAAAAGCGGGGCAGCGUUGGGAGUCGACAUAUUUACCGGACAGGAAGUGGACAGCAUUCAAUACAAGGAUGGUUCUGCUGUGGGCGUCUUACUAAAAAAAGAUGGCAGAGUUAUCACCGCGAAUCGUGCUGUAUUUUCCAACGCUACGCCACAAGUCACAUUUCGAAACCUGACUCCCAAAAAGUCUGCCGUGUCCUUGUUCGGCCAGGACUUUAUGGGGGCGGUGGAUCGCAUCGAUUACACGAGUCCGGUCACGAAAAUUAAUGUUGCUGUGAGUUGCCUCCCUAACUUUAUCGCCGACCCGAACAACACAACCACUCCCGACCUGAUAAGAGACCACCAUAAGUGCACCGUGCAUCUCAAUUGUGAAUCCAUGUCGAUUCUUGAAGAAUCAUACACAUCUUGCAUCGGAAGUCGCGUACCGUCAAAGAAACCCAUGAUCGAAAUGGUGAUUCCGUCCAGUUUGGAUGGCACCCUAGCUCCAAAGGGGGCUCAUGUCUGCCUCCUAUUCACACAGUACACCCCUCACACGCCAUCAGACGGAAGUUGGGACGAUGUAGCUUACAAAGAAAAAUAUUGGGACGCCGUGGCUUCCGUUGUUGAAGAAUAUGCGCCAGGAUGGAAGGCCAGUGUUGUUGGGAAGGAAGUUCUCACUCCCGUCGAUUUAGAGAGAACUUUCGGUCUCACAGGAGGGAAUAUAUUUCACGGAGCCAUGUCAAUGGAUCAAUUAUAUUGGCUGAGACCCUUCCCAAAUCCUGGAGGAAAUAAGCAGUUCAACUUUCGAUUCCCUGCCACCCCGGUAGAAGGAUUGUAUCUUUGCGGGAGUGGGAGUCACCCUGGGGGUGGGGUGAUGGGGCUGCCAGGCUACUUAGCGGCCAAGACGUUACUUAAAAGUCCUGGGAAGAAGAUUAAGAACAUAAAUAAAUAGUUCAUAAAUAAUUUAAAUGGUCAUGAACCAUUUAAAUUAGGUUAAGGAAAAAAUCCAAUUGUAAACUUGUCCCUUUUAAAUAUAUAUUUAGGAUUAGUGAAGUAAUUAACGGUUAGCGAAAAAAUUAAUAAGAAAUUGUUAAUUGUGGUACAUACAUAAUGCAAAUAUAUAUAUAAAUGAGUCAUUCAUGAAA